AUCUAGUAGUUGACGCUGUUUAUCGCUUGGGGGCGUCGUGUUCGUUAAAAAAAUGUUAGUAGGAAUCUGUCGAAAAUGAAGAAUUCAGUUUUGCUAAUAGUUAGAACUUUAGUUAUGUUGUAGGCGAAUAUUUUAUCAUGGUGUUUUAUUAGCUAGGUAGUGAAAUAUAUAAUUUCGAAGGGGCAGGCGGUGAUUCCGGCGCGUAAAGUCAUAAGACUUGUGUCAUCUGACUGCACUUCCUUUAAGAUGGCUCCUCCGCCGGAGUAUGAUAAGGAACCAAAAGCCCCGGAUAAAAGUGCGACUAAUAUUCCCAGUGAAGAUUCAAAAGCAUUGUACAAUCUAGUUAAUGAACAUCAAACCAAUUCUGACUCUAAAUCUGCGAAUUCAUCUGCCAACGCCGAAGUGGAGAACAACAAACACGUGGAGACUUUAGACGACGGCCAGUUGCGCGCGCUGCUGGAUGAGGCCAUCACCUACAAGUGCCCCAAGGACCGCGAGGGAAAGAGCAGUCUGUUCAAGGAGCUCCUCGAGGAAGUGGAGCAGGACGAACAGGACGAGCAGGCGUGCUCGGCGGCGGCGAGGCUCGGCAGCGGGCGCGCACGACGCGGCGGCGGGCGCGGGCGGCGCGCGCUGCCGCACUCCAACUCGCUGCAGGACCUGGUGGCCGCACUGGCUGCCGAGCCGACGCCGCGUCGCGCGCGACACAGCCACAGCCACCACCCGCCCGCGUCCGUGUCCGCGCGCGCCAUCCACGGCGGCAGCCUGCCCUCCGGCGUCGACACGUCGUUUCUUCUAAGCGAAGAGCCGAUGCGUGGCGCUGUGGCGAGCACGGUGGGCGGCGCGGAGUACGUGGCGACGGUGCGCUGCGUCAACCCCAGCCCGCUGGCCGAGCGCCGCGUGUCUGCCAGCGACGCGCAAUGCCCCGACACCGACGCGCUCAACAGGCGGAGCAAGCCGGUGUUCCCGAUGUACACGGCGCGCGCGACGCUGGAGAUUGGCAGCGGCAGCGUGUGCUCGGGCCGCGCGGUCACCACCACCACCGCCUCCAACCAGGUGCGUACCCCCCCUCCCCACACACCAGGUAACACCCCCCGACCGCGCGGCCCGGAGCCGGCCCGCCGUGUCACGCCACUGACGGCUAGAGACCCCAGAGGAAGGAGCUGUCGCCCCCCGGACCCCGCGGGAGACAGAGAUAGAAGCUUCUGGCACGACAAUGCGUGUGUCGACAAAUGGUAUCGAGGUCUCGAGGCUUACAAUGCACCGCUGGAUCGCCUGAGUGGCGCUAUGCUCAACAGCAAAGACUUCUAUAAAAACGAACAAAUCGACGAUUACUUUCAAAACUCGCCACAUCGAAGUCCUGUCAAAUUACCUAAAGAUUCUAUCGUUACGUCGCACCUUACUUUAGUAUCUAAAGAUAAAUACAUUCCGGUAGCUAGUGAAAGCCCUUAUGAAACGAAAAAUGAUUCGGAUAUAUAUCAUGACAUACCUAAAAUGUUAGAUGUAAAAGAUGUUGAGGAAGCUAUGGCUAGACAAGCAUAUCGAGAGCGCGUAGGAAAAAACUUAGUCGCGCCGUCUUUAGUAUCUUGUAAUCCUAAAAACGUUAGGAGUAUGUCGAUAGGCCCAUCUUUGCACGUUAAUAUCGAUAAAAACUGCGCUAGUGACACCCGCGAUAAGAAUAAAGAUAAAUCUAAUCGUAAUACGCGUAAUAGAAAUGAACGCAAUGCGAUUGUCAAUGUCAUCACUGAUAAACCUGCACCGGCCAAGCCCGAUAGUAGUAAAUCUCAUAGACGAAGUAAAUUGAACCAUAGUGGUAUUGGUAGUGCAGGGAAAACUAGGUCACCUUCGCCUCGAACACGAAAAUCCGAAGUUAAUCGUCACUCAUCGAAACAAAGUAAUAUUGAGGAUAAAAGUAACAAGGAUAACGACCAGGAAAAGCCUCGGAAGGAAAAAACGCAACUAGAAAAAGACACAGACCUUUUUAUUAUGAAAGAAAAUUCUCAAAAUAAUAUUGAACUAACUAAGGUAGAAAAGGCUGAAGGUAAAGAAAACCCUAUAAUGGAAAACGCUGAAGUGAAAGAACACCCUACAAUAGAGGACAAUAAUGACGUUGAAAUGGGAACAAAACAAUUAACUCAAAAAAGUUUCUUUGAUUUUCUAAAAACGGUGAUUGAUGAAGAAAAUCAGCGCAACGCUAACGAAGAUAUUGGUUACGUUGAAAUGAUUAUGCCAAAAGACGAAUCUCGAACUGACGCAGAAAAUACUAAUCCUGAAGUCAAACACACGAACCUUGUUGAAAUGGUUUCAAUGCAAAGUUCUCCUGAAACUGAAAACUCAAAUGAAUUUUCACUAUUCAUGGCGAAUCAACAGCGAUUACUUCGAGCUAUAGAAUCAAAUAACUCUCAUAAAUACGAGCAUAACAACGAGAUUUCUAUUCCCGGAGCAGAAACUUCUAAAAAUACUGAACGACCAGAAGACCAAAAGAUGCCUAAGGUUGAAAGAGCGCUUAAUCCAGUCUUUGAAAUGGAUUGCUUUGAUGAUAAGGAUUCCGAAACUAGCGGCACAGAAAUGGUGGACAUGGGGCGGGCCAGGACAUACGACUACGCUCAGGACCUGCCCGUCAACGCUUCUUAUUUCCUAACGCUUUACAAACGCUUCUUCACAUCCCCCAGUAACAUAGAUAACACCGUAGACAUUAAACCCAGCGAGACCAAACCGCCGCUCGUCGCGCUCGACUCCACGUCCAAGCUGCCUAAGAAGAAAAAAGACAAAAUAAUCGCCCGCCUCGCCAGAAAGCCGCACAACGAGAACUCGAACAGGACGAAAGACAUCAUUAGAAACGCGCUUAAAAAGCUUUUUUUCGAUAACAUAACGCAAAGCGAUAGUACAAACCUGCCCAGCAAAGCUACCACAAAUGAGGUCGAUUCCGCUAUACCGUUUAGUUGCAUCACCAGUCCGGAGGUGGUGGCGAGCUGCACGACCACGGCGUCGGCGCAGGCGGCGGUGCCCGUCGACCCAAAGCCGGCGCGCAGCAUGGCGGCGUCCACGUUCAACGGCGUGCCGCUGCCGCGCGCCGGGCCGCACUUCAGCACCGCCGCCGCCGAGCUGGAGUUUAAACAGAAAUCAUUGGACGAGAACGGCAACUCAGUACAGGGAUUCAGCUCGCCCCAAUCGGGCUCUAGUCAACAGAAGAAGCAGCGGAGAAAAAAGUCUUCUAAAAACGAGACCGUCAUCAAGUCGCACCACAUCGACGGGUACCAGGGCAACAAGGACUUGAACGAGGUGCUCCGGUUUAUAGAAUCCAACGAGCCGGAGCGCCCGAAACGACACGACGAUAAGAAGAAAAGAUCCGCAGAGAGGCGCAAAGAUAAACAACCCAGAGCGUCAAGUCUGGACGACUUGUCCCGCGCCGCGCCGCCGCCCGCUCGGCCCGCGCGCCCCGCGCAGCCCGCUCCCAAGCCGGAGCGCCGCUCCUGGGGCGACGAGCGGCAGCCCUUCUACUUCCGGGACCCCAACCCCGAGCCGGAUCCAGAGCUGACAGACUUCCAGACGGUCACUAAGAAACGCAAACCGCGCCGCCGCGCCGACGAACCUUCGCCUCGCCCCCCGCGCCGGGCGCCCUCCCCCCGCUCGCCCCCCUCGCCCCGAGCACGGUCCGACCGCUCGAACGACUCCAACGACGACUUGGACUCGGUCCACUCGCUGCCGUCCCUGCCGUGCCGGCCCGCGCCGCCGGCCAGCUACGCGGACAUCGCGCGCACCAAGCACAACAUCCCGGACCUCAUCGAGAGCUGCAACUACUACGGCGAGGGCGCGCCCGAGCAGCCCGCGCUGCCCGAGCCCGCGCUGGCGCCCGGAGACGCCGAUGGGUACCCAGCGCUGGACCCGCGGCCGCGACGCACGAAGCCCCCGCCCCCGGACGCGGGGCGGGGGCGGGGGCGCAAGGAGGAGCGGCGCGAGGAGCCGGCGCCCGACGUGGUGGCGUCGCGGCCGCCCGUCAUCCUGCUGGACUCGCCCGCCCGGCCGCGCGACAUGGACGGCGUCACCUUCGGCUUCGACAUCGACGAGCGCUUGCUGGGCGCGCGCCGCUGCGACCUGCUCGCCUGCGAGCCCGUACCCGUGCGCGCUGGCAACGCCGCGCUGCACUACGUGCAGCCCGCGCCGCCCGCCGAGCUCACGCAUCUGCACCAGAUUGUUGACUACGUGGGGACAGCAUGGGAGGACGUGGUGCGGUGCAGCAGCGGCAAGGUUCGCUACUUCAGCGAGUGAGCGGCCGCGAGCGCCGACCGCCGUCGUUAGUCAGAACAGAACUAUUGUAACAGUCCCACGAGGACGCGUGUGCAGUGCAGUGCAGUGACAGCGCAGUGCAGUGCAGUGACAGCGCAGUGCAGUGACAGUGUAGUGCGGGUUGCAAACCCCAGCCGCCCAGCGGCCGAGUCCAACUUCGUGCGUAUAUUAAGUGUUUUCGCUGUGAUUUUAAAGUGACUAUUUUUGCUUGUAAAUAAGAUGUCCAUGAUCUAUUCUGAGCAUUUAUUGCAUUAAAUUAGCACUCGAAAAGUGCCGGCGAUAUCGGAGUCGUUUGGUCGGGAGUUCGGGACCCCUUAGAUAGACUUGUUGAACUAGAUGGGAGAUGAUGUUGCAGGAGAGGGUCUCGGGACCAGGGGUGUUUCGUUUAAGUUGAGCGUUUGUUUCUGUUAUGUUUUUUAUAGUGCUUGAUUUUUGUUAUGUAAUCACAAAUAUUUGGUAGACUUUCUCUAACUAGCCACUGUAGAACUCACAACAGUCUGAUUUGUUAUGUAUUUUUAAGUUUCACCAUUUUAAAUUGUAAGUAAAAUAAAGAUCUUAUAAGGUGUAUCUAGCCAUAUAAAUUUAAAUGGAUCUUAUGUGAAAGCAUAUAGCAAUCUUAACCGAUAUAUAUUUAUAAAUGGAAGCUAACCUUAUUAUUGUGUUUGAAGGUUUGACCAAGCUGUGUAUUAAUCUAAUGAUACAUAUUGUACAUAGAGCAGAUGUUUGUCUGACGCAUGUCCGCACACUCGCCGCAUUUACGUUAACACUGAUGAUUGGAAUAGCUUUCUGUGGCAGCGAGCGAGUGUUAGCUUCGUCCUGCCGUGUCGGCUGCCGAGUGUCCGCCGUGCUAGCCAUGCCACUAGCCAUGCCACUAGCCAUGCGCGUUACAGUGCGUCCACAUCUGACGAACGCGACGGGGAUGCCUGUUCGAAAAUAGGCACGCAAAUUACACGCGUGCAUUUACGAUAUCUUAGUUCCAUGCGCUGCGCGCGUACAGUGCGCGAGCGAUUCGCGAAUAGGGUUGGCAUUGGAUUUUUGAACCUUUGUCAGGAUUGCGGUGGAACUUGGCGAGUGUCAGGGACCCUGACUCAGGGUUAUUUAGAAACUUCAACUAACCACUAGAAGCUAGUUAAGAAAUUGGGCAGAGAAAAGGGAAGGUUAUGAUGUAGCUACAGCAUAUGGUAACGAGUUAUGGGGCUAGUGGCCCACGAAAGGUUUUGGAAUAAGAGAUUUAUUUAGGGUGGAAUUUAUUCAUAUGGCAACCAUAUUCGCGAAUGUCGCGCUUACGGCGCUGUCGCCAGAUCUGCGCACAGAUCCCAUAGAUGAUAAUCGUUUUAUGUUUGUUCCUAUAGGUCAUAACUGUCGCAGGGUUAUUGCAACGAGCCUUGGUCUAGUCUGACGGUGUUUGAUAUUCACUGACAUUCCCGAUAUGGUUGUAUCGUGAUAUGGCGAGGCAUAUCAGAUGAUAAGGAUCAUAUUAGUAUGUGUACACAGGGAGAGUGUGGUCUGAUUGUUAUCUAGUUUGUCAUCGCCCAUUUCUUUCUACAAGAAUAUUCUGCUUUAAAAGCAGCGCGACAAAAUUUCUGCAUAUAUUGACCCAACUUUUAUAUGAAUAUAGAGUCAACGAAACCGCCUGAUAUUAUUCAUACUAAGCUGGGCAGUGGUUAUAAAAUAUCAGAGAAUGCUGCAGAACAGGAAAUUUUACAUAAAUGUAUAAUGUAAAAAUAAAUACUAAUUUUAGGGACGCUAAACUGCUGUUCAAUAAUAUAACGCAUGAUAAGAUUGAGCUUAAUACUUCAUAAGGUGUAAGACAAUGAUUAAAAUUAUUAAGAUUCAUAAAAUGGGGAAUGAUUUAUACAGUGUUUUGUUUUACUCUCGUGUAUUGUUGUGUGCUUGUCACUCGUUGAGAUUUUCAAUUUGAAUACAAGCAAGGGGGUAACACAGUUAAGGGGCCCACUGAUUACCAGUCCGUUGCCAGUCAGUUGUUCGGAAUUGUCAAAUUUUUGUUCUAACUGACAGGCUGAUAUCGUCCAGCCAACUGAUAAUCAGUGGACCCCUUUUAAUAGCCCUGCGACUCACUACGUUGACAUGCAAAUUUUUGCAGAUAUGCAUUACAAUGUAACAAUUACCAAUAUCACUUAAUGUUGAAUAACAUGUAGCGUUUUCAGGUAAAAGGUGACAAGUUUGUCUUACGUUGUCAAAAGGGCUCUUCUAGUAUGAAAAUACACUUAAAAACACAAGGGUACCUUUUGCUUGUGAACGUUACGUAUAUCGCGAGACCGCAUUGCAGAAGCAUUACUAGUUCAUGAGUAGGAUAUAUGUAUGUGUAAUAUUCAGAUGUUUAGUCCUAUUAAAUGCAAACACGAACGGCCACAACCAUACUGUAAAUACGUGCCGAGGUCGGUUGGUUUAAUGAGGUAUAAGUUUUCUGGAAGCACUUUGUUGACAUUUAUCUAUGUACUGAAAGGACGCUCAUAUCAAAGGUAUAGAAAUAUUAUUUAUUAUUUCUUUCCCUUGUAAAAUAUGUAAAUAGAUGUGCAGAAAAAUAUUCGAUUUAUGUUUAGUGCAUAUUAGAUAUUGUAGGUGAAAGAUCUCUGGGUUCGGAUGUUGUGACAAUACUAAAGGCGCGCGACAAGUCAGUUGAUGUAUAUCAAAAUUGCUUAAGUCCACACAAAAUGAUAACCAGAUAUAUAGGGAAAUAUUGUGGACAUGAAUAUUUUUAAUAUGCAUCGACGCAAGUAGUUGUACAUAUAGUAACGCCCGGGGCCACUGAUGGCUGUAUCGAACCAAACGAGCGUUUCUGCCACAGCGUGAUGGCUCAUUAUUGUAUAGGUAUAGUCAAUGCUUAAAAUACUAUUCUGUGUGGAAGCGUUCGCAGCGAGUUCGGAAAAUUAACGAUAUCAAAUAGUCUGGUUACUUAGAAGGAUUGAGUCAAAAAAAUUACGUGGCAACACUAGUUUAUUAUGUAAGGAGUAUGUUGCCACGUAUGUUUUGGUAUUUAAAUGUAGGUUGCUGGGCAUCUCGCGCGCAGUGCGCGUAGAUUGAACUAUUGCCUGUUUGAUACAGAAGAGUAAAUGCGUACUUGCACACGACUUCCUUUAAACUUAUAAAGCUUAUUGUACUAUGCGAAACGCCUCGAGAUCUUAAUACGUUUACUUACUGCUGUGUAAAGGAAGAAUGGAUGAACUAAAUUAAAAUUAUUUCGGAGCUGAAAAAUAAAUGGUUUUUUUUUUAGGAAUUGGAGUGAUAAUUACUUAGGAAAGAAAGCUAUUUGGCGAUGUGUAAAUGUAUAAAUUAAUGUUGCUAUGUAAGUCUACGAGUGUCUCCUUGCCUGAGUCCACCAUUUGUUUUCCCAAAGAUGAUUUCAUAUUUUGGUUUAUAAAUAUACCAUUGGAUAUUAUACCUGUGGCCAUAACUUUGUUUGUAACUUCCCUGUAUUCAGGCAAAGAGACAAUUGAUCUGUAUCAUAAUAUCUAUCAAUAUGAGGAAUUAUUUAUCUGCUUUUUACAUCUAACUCUUAAUUCUGCGUUUUUUCUCUGCUCAUGUUCGUUUGCCAAAGCAACUACAUAAAUGCUUGUCUGAAAGACGUCCUAUUUUUUUAUCUUUUUCAAGUUAAAAGGUUUUAAAUUUGUGUUAUUGUUUGUAAUAAUUCUAAUUAUAAGGAUGUUUAUGUUAAUCGAAUUGUCUUAUUACAGUUUUCAAUUAGCUGGUUCAUAAUUUGAUAUCCUGUGCUUUGACCUGACACACAUGUAGCCUCUGGUCUUGGCUUUUUUACCUCAAUGUGUGUGAGAGGGUUGUAAGAGUUAAUUUUGUUGGACUGUUGUCAAAAAUCCUGAAUUUUAGGAACAUUUUACUUGCUUUCAUGUUGUUACACAUGUCAUUAGUUGGUUGUUCAUUAUGGUCUGGUAAGGUGUGAUGCUAAUUUAAAUAAUUUGUAACCCCUGUGUAACGGGAACACCCAAUAAUUCCGAAAUAUGUUUUUCCGAAUUUCAUAUAUAAGCACGAUUUUCAUAAUCCCGAUUUUUUAUAAGUCCGAAAUAUCAAAAUUACGGUUUUUAAAAACACGAUGGAAGAAAAUCACGAUUGUGCUAGUUCCGAAAAUUUUAAAUCCGAUUGUCAUUUUACCGAAAGCUUAAAGUUCCGAUUUAACAGUUUUCCGAAAAAAUGUUUUUCCGAAUUCUUAAAUUCCGAAAAACCAUUAUCCGAUCGGAAAUAAGAUAAUUUGGAAUUCAGAAAUUCGGUCUUUUGUAAGGUCGGAAAUAUGAAAUUCGUGAUAUUCAAAUGAAGACACGUUUCGUUUGAGUAAUUCGGUAUUCAGAAAUUCGGUCUUUUGUAAGAUCGGAAAAAUGAAAUUCGUGAUAUUCAAAUGAAGACUCACGUUUUAGUAAUUAUUACGGGUCGUUAAUUAUUGCCGCAUCACGUUAAAUUCGGCAUAAAAUAUUUUUGGCAUAAAAAUUCGGCAUAAAUAGAUUCGGAGAUUCGACCUCCAAGAAAACGAACUAGGUUAGGUUAUAACUGCAACCCCGAAAUAAACGAACUCUUGCCAGAAGUGGGUUAGGUUAGGUUGGAACUGUGACCCCCAAGUAAACGAACUGUUGUCAGAAGUGGGUUAGGUUAGGUUAGAACUGCGACCCCCAAGAAAACGAACUGUUGCCAGAAAAGAGGAUUACGUUAGAUUAGAACUGCGACCCUCAAGAAAACGAACUUUAACAAUAUAUUCGGAAUAUCGUUAUUCGGAAAUUUAAAAAUUGGGAUAUUUAAAAUUGGAAUAACGUUAAUUCGGAAUAAUGGCAAUUCGGAAUUCAUGAUUUCAAAAAUCGUAAAUGUAAAAUUCGGCGUUUUUCACUGUCGGAAUUGUUAUAAUCGGAAUUGUGUUUCGGAAUUUACAAAAUUCGGCUUUUCGGAAAUAUAAAUCUUCGUGAUUUUCAUCAUUCGUAAUUACGACAGUCGGAAUUUUGAUAGGUCGAGCAUUUAAAAAUCGGAAUAAUAAAAUUCGGUAUUCUGAAAUUCGACAUAACGUUUUUCGGAAUUAUGUAGUAUACGCCUGUGUAACCUGUAUUAAUAAAAAAAAAUCAAUUUUCAACUACAGAUAACACGUAGCAAUCUUUAGUGAGAUUUGUCGAAGUUGCUAUUAAAUAAUGUAACGAAGACAAUAUUAUCUUCGUAAUUUUUUCGCGACAUCCUUCAAACAUGAGCAGGGCAAAACUGGAGAUAGUUUAACUGUAAAAGAUUUGUUUAUAUAAACGGUAUUAUAACCAGCUGCAAUUUACAGUUAUGUACUUUUUCACUGUUUCCGUUUUCUUAAUAAAAAUGUUGAAAAUAA